CUGCGAGAAAAGAGACGUGAAAAUGAAGUAAAAAUAUAUAACCACUUAAAUAAUUAUAUAAAUAUUCUGGCAAAUGGUCAAAAUGUUGUUUUGCUUUCCGUUUGAUGUCUUAAUUAUUAAUUGCAUUUAAUUGAAAACAAAUUAUUUUUGGAGAGAAGAGGAAAGUGAUAUAAUAAUGAAUCGGACGGAAAGCCUACAAUACAUCGAAACGAUUUUAGGGCCACAGAGAUCACUGUCUCUCUCGUGGUUAAUACCGUUAACAGUGGUAUAUAUAAUUAUAUUAAUAAUCGGAGUUCUGGGGAAUGUCAUCACAAUCCUAGUUAUACUUCGGUUCAGAUAUAUGCAGACAAUAACUAACUUAUAUUUAUGUAAUCUUGCCAUCACUGACUUAAUUACGUUAAUAUGUGGAAUGCCAUUAGAGCUGUACACCCUAUGGCACCAGUAUCCCUUUUCUCUUGGUUUGGCCAUUUGUCGCCUCAAAUCACUAGUCCCUGAAAGUACAGCCAACGCAUCAGUGCUAACAUUAGUAACGUUUACAUUAGAGCGAUAUAUGGCUAUAUGUGGUUCACCUAAAGUACCCAACUCUCAGUCAAUGUUCAACACUAACACAUCGACUCGUAUUAAGAGGAUUGCCAUCAGAAAUAUAGUGAUCAUUUGGUUGUUUUCGCUGAUCGGUGCCACACCUCUGGCUUUGUUCACACAAAUUAAUUAUCUAUUCCUCGACUCUAAGCCAUUGAAAGAGAGCGCGUGGUGUGGACUGCCGUUCAAUCAGCCGAGUCUGCACUGGGAGACGAUUAUGCUUUCCUCGACCGUCAUAUUCUUUCUCAUCCCUCUGACCAUCAUAUCUCUGCUUUACUACCGAAUCGCCAGAAAACUAAAAAAGGCCACAAAACUCGAUCCUCUCAAUCAUCCGGACCUGCAUUUAGCGGAUCAGAGGACGUCUCGCAAGAUAAUGCAGUCCAGAAAAAUUGUCAUCAGAAUGCUGGUUUGCAUUGUGAUUGUCUUCUCAUUCUGCUGGUGUCCAUUUCACGCUCAAAGACUACUGUUCCUCUAUGUCAGCCUAUACGCCAAUUGGACCAACACAUUAAGACAAGUCAAUCAAGUGCUCUUCCUAUCUGCAGGCUGCCUGUAUUAUCUGAACAGUUCGCUGAAUCCAUUGAUAUAUUCAGUUUUGUCGACAAGAUUUAGGGCCGCAUUCUUACUGUAUGUGAACGGAUGCUGUGCUGUCAACUCGAGCCAAAGUGGGACCGGGAGUCGCACCCGAAAUAAGGCGAGCGGUAGUAAAAGUAAUAGUAAUAACAACUCAGUUAUUGGUGGAGCCGUGUGUCAUACUGUGCCCAAAAACUGUGAUAACAAUGGAGUGGCAGCUAAAGUGCACUGGUGCAAAAACCCUAACUUCUUAGAAAAAUGAGCAUUUGAUU